ACUGUAUAUGGCCACAUCGGAAAGACGUUAUAUUCAUCUUUCACGUCAGAAGAAAUAGAGGGAGGUGCUCUUAUCCAAAUUGGAGGGACGAACCUCACUGUGAACACAGUGUUCGAUAAAACCGCAGACGCGAGAGGCGUUAAGAUCAAAUGGGAUACAGAGAACUUGAUACGAUUUGAAGACUGUAUUGAUUUUGGUGAUAAGCAAUGGUAUGGAGGGCCAAUGCAAGAGGACCAAGUGUAUCCCAUUCAGCACGCACACCAGAACUACACGCCAUACGUCACACAAGAAGCCGACAACGCAAACAUAGUCGAGCGAUACUGGCUCAACUCAGCCGGCGAAUACAUCUACGUACACCCACAAGUACCUUUAUUCGUUGACUACAACCUCCUUCAGCCAAAUCACAUCUGUUUUGGAGCUCAAAUCGCUGAACCCUAUUCCACUAAAAGAACACACACAGAACUUUCAUAUGAUAUCUGGUUUUUGUCGGACGUUAAAGCAGCGCAUAAACAUGCGGUGGCCAACUAUUUGGGGAAACCGUCUGGCUUACCAGACUUUCGCAUGGUACAACACCCCAUCUGGUCCACUUGGGCUCAAUACUCUUAUGACGUCACUGGACAGAAAGUUAUGGACUUUGCCAAUGAAAUAAGAGAGCAUGGAUUCAACGAUUCGCAGUUGGAAAUUGAUGAUCUUUGGGAGACGUGUUACGGUUCGAUGGAAGUCGAUACAAAUAAGUUUCCAAAUAUGACUCAUCUGGUCGAAGAGGUGAAAAAAUUAGGAUUCCGCGUUACAAUCUGGCUGCAUCCAUUUAUAAAUGGAGGAUGUGAACCUUGGUACUCCGAAGCCUUGAACAAUGGCUAUCUAGUACUCAAUGAAGAAGGAAGCCCAACAGCUUCCUGGUGGAACAACAACGGCACUUCACCAGGUCUGAUCGACUUCACGAACCCGGCCGCGGCGGGCUGGUGGUCCUCUAGAGUGAGGAACCUUCUCGAUACUCACGGCUUUGAUAGCGCUAAGUUUGACGCUGGACAGAGCAGCUAUUCGCCACAGGUGCCAGUACAGAAUGGAGAUAUAGAUCUGCACCCACACCACAUAGUAGACGCAUUCGUGAGAACUUGCGCAGAAUUCGGAGAUAUGGUGGAAGUCAGAGCAGCAUUUAUGACUCAAGACCUCCCCAUUUUCGUGCGCAUGGUAGACAGAGACUCCAUCUGGGGCAUCAACAACGGCCUGCCCACGGUCAUCACAACCACCUUCCAGAUGAACCUGAACGGCUAUCCCUUCGUGCUGCCAGACAUGAUCGGCGGCAACGGAUACAACCUGAACCACGCGCAAGCUGACAUUCCUUCGAAAGAACUGUUUAUUCGCUGGGUUCAAGCGAACACGUUCUUACCGUCGAUGCAAUAUUCGUAUGUGCCGUGGAACUUUGAUAAUGAGACGAUCGAAAUAAGCAAGAAGUACACAGACCUCCAUGCAGAAUAUGCUGACCAGAUCUAUGCGGCCAUGCAUGCGUCCGUUCAUGACGGGUCACCUGUAAACCCUCCGCUGUGGUGGAUCGACCCUACGGACCCUGAGGCUCUGGUUAUCGCUGAUGAAUACCUAUUAGGGGAAGAGAUCCUUGUCGCUCCAGUUCUUAAGGAAGGUGCUAGAACCCGUAACAUCUACCUUCCAGCUGGCACAUGGUUCGAAGAAGGCGACCCAGAUAGGGCUCAUUUGGGACCCAUUUGGCUCAAAAACUACCCAGCUCCUUUAGAGACACUUCCCUACUUCGUGAAACAUAAAGAAAAUGUAUCUGAUUCCGCAACUAUUCCUACCUUAACUUUAGCAACUUUCGUAUUAGCGCUAGCAAUUAUUUUUGUUUAA